CAGCAGCAGCUCCGCGCCGUCCUCGUCGUCUGCGCCGUCCAGCAGCAGCUCCGCGCCGUCCUCGUCGUCUGCCCCGUCUUCGUCGUCCGCGCCGUCCAGCAGCAGCUCUGCGCCGUCCUCGUCGUCUGCGCCGUCCAGCAGCAGCUCUGCGCCGUCCUCGUCGUCCGCGCCGUCCAGCAGCAGCUCUGCGCCGUCCUCGUCGUCUGCGCCGUCCAGCAGCAGCUCCGCGCCGUCCUCGUCGUCUGCGCCGUCCAGCAGCAGCUCUGCGCCGUCCUCGUCGUCCGCGCCGUCCAGCAGCAGCUCUGCGCCGUCCUCGUCGUCUGCGCCGUCCAGCAGCAGCUCCGCGCCGUCCUCGUCGUCUGCGCCGUCCAGCAGCAGCUCCGCGCCGUCCUCGUCGUCUGCGCCGUCCAGCAGCAGCUCUGCGCCGUCUUCGUCGUCUGCGCCGUCCAGCAGCAGCUCUGCGCCGUCCUCGUCGUCUGCGCCGUCCAGCAGCAGCUCUGCGCCGUCCUCGUCGUCCGCGCCGUCCAGCAGCAGCUCCGCGCCGUCCUCGUCGUCCGCGCCGUCCAGCAGCAGCUCUGCGUCGUCCUCGUCGUCUGCGCCGUCCAGCAGCAGCUCUGCACCGUCCUCGUCGUCCGCGCCGUCCAGCAGCAGCUCUGCGCCGUCUUCGUCGUCCGCGCCGUCCAGCAGCAGCUCCGCGCCUUCCUCGUCGUCUGCACCGUCCAGCAGCAGCUCUGCGCCGUCCUCGUCGUCUGCACCGUCCAGCAGCAGCUCCGCGCCGUCCUCGUCGUCUGCACCGUCCAGCAGCAGCUCUGCGCCGUCCUCGUCGUCUGCGCCGUCCAGCAGCAGCUCCGCGCCGUCCUCGUCGUCUGCACCGUCCAGCAGCAGCUCUGCGCCGUCCUCGUCGUCUGCGCCGUCCAGCAGCAGCUCUGCGCCGUCUUCGUCGUCUGCGCCGUCCAGCAGCAGCUCCGCGCCGUCCUCGUCGUCUGCACCGUCCAGCAGCAGCUCUGCGCCGUCUUCGUCGUCUGCGCCGUCUUCGUCGUCUGCGCCGUCCAGCAGCAGCUCUGCGCCGUCCUCGUCGUCUGCACCGUCCAGCAGCAGCUCUGCGCCGUCCUCGUCGUCUGCACCGUCCAGCAGCAGCUCCGCGCCGUCCUCGUCGUCUGCACCGUCCAGCAGCAGCUCUGCGCCGUCCUCGUCGUCUGCGCCGUCCAGCAGCAGCUCCGCGCCGUCUUCGUCGUCUGCGCCGUCCAGCAGCAGCUCUGCGCCGUCUUCGUCGUUCGCGCCGUCCAGCAGCAGCUCCGCGCCGUCCUCGUCGUCUGCGCCGUCCAGCAGCAGCUCCGCGCCGUCCUCGUCGUCUGCGCCGUCCAGCAGCAGCUCUGCGCCGUCCUCGUCGUCUGCGCCGUCCAGCAGCAGCUCCGCGCCGUCCUCGUCGUCUGCACCGUCCAGCAGCAGCUCUGCGCCGUCCUCGUCGUCUGCGCCGUCCAGCAGCAGCUCUGCGCCGUCCUCGUCGUCUGCGCCGUCCAGCAGCAGCUCCGCGCCGUCUUCGUCGUCUGCGCCGUCCAGCAGCAGCUCUGCGCCGUCCUCGUCGUCUGCGCCGUCCAGCAGCAGCUCCGCGCCGUCCUCGUCGUCUGCGCCGUCCAGCAGCAGCUCCGCGCCGUCCUCGUCGUCUGCACCGUCCAGCAGCAGCUCUGCGCCGUCCUCGUCGUCUGCGCCGUCCAGCAGCAGCUCCGCGCCGUCUUCGUCGUCUGCGCCGUCCAGCAGCAGCUCUGCGCCGUCUUCGUCGUCUGCGCCGUCCAGCAGCAGCUCCGCGCCGUCCUCGUCGUCUGCACCGUCCAGCAGCAGCUCUGCGCCGUCCUCGUCGUCUGCGCCGUCCAGCAGCAGCUCUGCGCCGUCCUCGUCGUCUGCGCCGUCCAGCAGCAGCUCUGCGCCGUCUUCGUCGUCUGCGCCGUCUUCGUCGUCUGCGGCGCCGUCCACCAGGUCUGCGCCGUCCUCGACGUCUGCAGCGUCGACCACCACGUCUGCGCCGUCCUCGUCGUCUGCACCGUCGAGCAGCAGCUCUGCGCCGUCCUCGUCGUCUGCGCCGUCGAGCAGCAGCUCCGCGCCGUCUUCGUCGACUGCGCCGUCCAGCAGCAGCUCUGCGCCGUCUUCGUCGUCUGCGCCGUCCAGCAGCAGGUCUGCGCCGUCCUCGUCGUCUGCACCGUCCAGCAGCAGCUCUGCGCCGUCCUCGUCGUCUGCGCGU